AUGAGUACUAGAGCUAGUGGAAAUGCCGGUGAAGAGAAGAAGGUUACCUUGAAAAGCUGCGACGAUGUCGGCACUAGUCGUUCCAUCUUGCUUAAGAACAUGAUUGAAGACGUCGGAGAGACUGAUCAAUCAAUUCCCCUUCCUAACGUUAACGAAAAAGUUCUUGAUAGAGAUCAGAAAGGCAAAGAAUUAUCAUUAUAUAUUAAAGGAAUUACACCUCAGAUGACUCGGGAAAAGCUUGCAGAGGCAUUUGAUUCUCAAGAAGCUUAUCAAAAAGCACUCUCAAUGAAGACCAUUCAAAUUCCCGGUUUUACAGAUGUUAUUGUUGAGGAAAGGCUCAAGAAUUAUAAUCGAACAUGGCACCGAUCAAAUUACGAUAACCAUUAUCAACAACGUAAUUUUAAUCCACAUAAUGGUAUGAACGCACAACGUGGAGGUCGUGGUGGCGACAGACGUAAUACGUUUCCCCGCCCACCUGCCAAAUCCCCGAAUUCAUAA